AUGCUACAUUCGCGCUUGCGGCCAGCUCCCCGCCGCAAUGUCACAAGGCCGGUCACUACAGCGGCGGUCCCAGCACCCAACUUCCAAGACGAUGAGCUGAAUAACUCGGAUGUAGAAGAGUCGACCGAAGAUCUAUUUAGCACCUUUCUGCCGCAUCUUUUCCCCGAUGACGCGCCUUCAUUUCACGGAGAUCCCGGCCAAUAUCUCCUCUACUCGUCCCCGCGAUAUGGCGAGCUGGAGAUCAUGAUCCCGUCUUAUCCCGGUCAGUCGGAGAAGAGGUCGGAGGAGGUUGCGGCCGGACUCAGGGGGAAUGAGGAGAAGUCUGGGCGCAAUCAGACCGAAGAGGGGAGACAGCUGUUUGCGCAUUUUCUGUGGAGCGCAGGCAUGGUCGUGGCAGAUGGGGUUGAGACUGCAGAUCGUCCAAUGACUGCUGACGAAGGGGCGAUAAAAACUGAGGCUCGGGAGAUGUGGUCUGUGAAGGGAGAGACGGUGAUGGAACUCGGUGCCGGCGCCGCGCUACCUUCCCUCGUCUGUGCCCUUGCGAACGCCUCGCUCGUCGCUGUGACGGAUCAUCCUGCUUCGCCCGCGUUCACCGGCGCGAUCGACUUCAAUGUGAACCGGAAUGUGCUACAGCGAACCCCCCCGCCGCAGACAACCGUGUUAAUUCAGCCGCACGAAUGGGGUAACAUGGCCGACACCUUCUCGGAAUCGUACAAGGGGAAAUUCACUCGGAUCGUCGCUGCAGACUGCUAUUGGAUGCGUGCGCAGCAUGAGAAUCUCGUCCGGACGAUGGACUGGUUCUUGGCUCUGGGAGGUAAAGUCUGGUGCGUGGCGGGGUUCCACACCGGCCGAGCUAUUGUGGCAGGUUUCUUUGAGACUGCCUUGGCGAAUGGGUUUGAGAUUGAGCGGAUCUUUGAGAAGGAUCUGGUCUCGAGGGACGAGCACGGAGGAGAGAUUCGCCGGGAGUGGGUUUCUGAGCGGGAGGGCGAGAGCCCGGAGAAUCGCCAGCGAUGGUGCGUCGUUGCGGUUCUACAGAGGAAGACGUCUGCUGCAGAGGGAGAGAUGGAUGGAGAUGCAAGGCGGAGACCAUGA